AUGCCUUCACAGUCCGGCUGGCGACAGCUCGAUAUCGCCAUCGUUGGCGGCGGUAUUGGAGGCCUUGCCGCUGCCAUUUCUCUGAGGCGAGCGGGUCACAAGGUUACGAUUUACGAGCGUGCGGACUUUGUUGGCGAAGUGGGCGCUUCUAUCUCUUGUGCUGCCAACGGAACCCGGUGGCUGCAUGAGUGGGAAGUCGAUGUGGAAAAGGGCGACCCAGUCAUUCUUCGAAAACUGAUCAACCGCGAUUGGAAGACCGGCGAGCCUGUCAGUGUUUAUGACUUGGCUGACUACGAGGAGAAAUGGGGCCAUUGUCAAAAUCUGGACGUUGACUCCGGCACGAUAACAUUUCUGGACGGGAGCACAGCACAGCAUGAUGUUGUCGUCGGAGCAGACGGAAUUGGAUCGUCAGUCCGGACUCUGAUUGGAAUUAACCCUGAGAAAAAACCAGCUUCGUCAAGCUGCUUGCACGCCAAUGUCGAUACCGCGACAGCUGUAAAACUGGGCCUCGUCGACUAUUCGCAAAACAGCGCCAUCGAAUACUGGGGAGGCCAUCACAAUGUCAACAAAAUCGUUCUUUCUCCAUGCAACGGGGGUAGCCUUUUAUCAUAUUAUUGCUUCUUCCCUCGCGAGAAGGGUGACUAUGCCUCUCACAAUUGGAACAGUGAGGCGACCGUCGAAGAGUUGCUUGCUCCAUACCCAGAUCUGGACUCUCAAGUACUUGGCCAUCUAAAGAUCGGAAAAGAAAUUAGACCGUGGCGAUUGUGGGUGCACGAGCCAUACCAAUGGUGGCAGAAAGGCGUUGCUUGCAUCAUGGGCGAUGCAGCGCAUCCAAUGAUGCCUGACCAAAGCCAAGGCGCCUGCAUGGCAAUUGAGGAUGCUGCCUGCCUUGGCCUUGUCUUCGGCCAGAAAAAUUUCACUGGCGACAUCCGGGAGGCCCUUGAGAUAUAUGAAGCUGUUCGCAAACCACGAGCAACAAGGGUACAAGCGGCUUCCGCGAGAGCACGAGAAAACAUCCACGAGCGUAUUGGAUUCUCCGAUAACACCAAUAAUCCCUUGUACAAGGUUAAGGACGAAGGGAAUAAGUUAACCAUUGAAGAGAUGAAUAGGUAUGAUAUGCACCAGCACGUUCAAGAGACAUUUGCGCAGCGACGAGAAACAAAUAGUAGUACGUAA